GCCCGUCUCCUCGUCCCAGACAGUUCCCAAAACGGUGUGAGGAAGUAAUAAUGGAUUUCCUCCUUCUUCCACCCGACCUCUGAUUGGUUCCCCCUGUGUCUUAUGCGCACUGAGCCUCCAGAGGUUCCAGGGAGGAGACGAUCGGUGUCUGAGGAGUUUGGAGGCUGGGAAAAGUGACCGCAAAAAGAGAUGGUUCUUCCCGCAGAAGCGAUGUUCGUGCCAGAGCUGGCGCACCUUCGUAAACUCCGGGAGGACUGAGUAAUGGAAAUGGUUUCAAACGCAAAAUCAGUUUCUAUUGGCUAUAACUGGCAUUCAAACGUCUCUUAGAAUAAUAACUUAUCUUAUGAAAGGAACUAGACCAGUCAUUGAGGAGAUAAUGCAGCAGGAGGUCAGGCCCCUUUUGGCGAUCAACAUCAUCGAGCAACUCCACCGCCGAUUCGCCCUACUUCCCGGAGGAAGAGGAAAGGACGGCGCCCCCAUAAUCACGCUCCCAGAGUUCUCUGGCUUUGGUGAAAUCUCAGAAGACGACUUCCUCAAUGUUAUCGCCUACCUGAUUAGUGUUCCCAGGCAUGAAGCUGCGGGCAUUGGUUUCAUCGUUGUCAUCGACCGCCGCAGGGACAAAUGGAGUUCUGUGAAGUCCUCUCUGGCCAGAGUAGCGGGGGCAUUCCAGGGACACCUACAGCAGGUCCUGGUGUUGCGGCCUUCCCGAUUCAUUCAGAGGGCUAUUGCUGACAUUGGCAUCCGACUCCACCGGGAUGACUUCAAAAUGAAGAUUGUCAUGCUGAACUCACUUUCCGACCUCCACGUUCACAUUGAUAAGGCCCAGCUAACGCAUGACUUCGGGGGAACCUUGGAGUACUGCCACAGCCGCUGGAUCCGCCAUCGAACUGCCAUUGAGAGCUUUGUGGUGACAAUGAGGUCUACAGACCAGAUAUUGCAGGACUUCACCACUGAUCUAGCGGACAUCCAGCUCCCUGAUGAUGCCCAGUGCACCAAAGACCUACUGGCCACCCACACUGUAAAGUACAAUAAGUUGAAAGAUGAACUUAAUCUUGCAAUGAAACAAGGAACUACUCUCAUUUCUUCUAUCAAAGAACAUCCCUCCAAAAACACAAGCUAUAAGCUUAAUCCUGAUGAGGAAGAGAGUAUCACAACAGUUGAAAGGUUGCUGUCACAGUUGGAGGAGAAAAACGCUGCAUUUGAAGCUUUGUGGUUAAAAAACCGUGUGAAACUAGAGCAGUGCCUGCAGUUGAGGAAGUUUGAGCGAGACUGUAGAGAAGUGAGCGCGUCAUUGGACAGUCUAAUGAGGGCACAGACGGCCUUCUUGGACUGUGGUGGCUCCACCGGUGAAGCUGAGAAGCUGAUACAGGAACUGAAGGCCCUUAAUGAGAAAGCUCAGGAAACCUUGGACAUGGCUCACCGGCUUGCUUUGCAUGGUGACCAGCUAAUCCAGAGUGACCACUAUGCUGCUGACCUGAUCCAACCCAUCUCAGCUGAGCUGAGGCGCAUUUGUGACGACUUCACCAACGGGACCAAACGGAAACAUGGCCUACUUACGAAAUCCCUUGAAAUCCACAAACGGAUAAAUGAGGUGAACCACUGGUGCGAGUCAGGCGUGUACCUGCUGGCCUCCCAGGCAGUGGACAAGUGCCAAUCGCCUGAAGGGGCAGAUACUGCGCUUCAGGACAUCAGAAAGUUCCUGAUGACCACCAAUGAACACCAGCUGAGAAGCCUCAAAGAAUUGCAUGACCAGUAUGAAGACAUUCUUACUGUGGAAGUCAAGAUCAGUGUCCAGAAGGCCCUUCGGAGGCAUGAGGAUGUGCAGGAGAUGUUUGAGAAGAGGCUGGCCAGCCUGAGGAGGUUGUCGGCCAAGCAGACCCGUCCUGUUCAGCCUGUUUCACCCCGCCCCGAAUCCUUCCCCAAACUCCUCCCCCCAAAAUCCUCCUUGACACCGCCAUCUAGGAACACUGGGCCAGCACCAAACCGCAGAGGUUCAGGGAACAUAAGCAGUCCAAAACAGCUCACUGACAGUGAUCUGGUGAAAAAGAAAAACUCACGCAAGUCAAGAGGCAGCAUUAAGAUUGAAGUUAUGCUUGAAGCCAGCCAAGGAGGAUCGAACCAUGUUCUGGUGACAAACGAGACCGAGGAAAGCCUGUUGAAUAGACGGAGGCACAUCCUGAAGGAGAUGAUUGAAACGGAGAGAUUGUAUGUGGAAGAGCUUCAAAGUAUCAUUGAGGGAUAUGUGUCUGAACUGGAGAAUACAGAAUUAUCUCACCUGGUUCCAAUAGCUUUGGAGGAAAAAAAGGAAAUGCUUUUUGGAAAUCUGUCUGAAAUCUAUGAAUUUCACAACCGGACAUUUCUGAAAGAACUUGAAGACUGCAUUGAAAAUCCGGAAUUAGUCGGAAAAUGUUUUUUGAAACGAAAAGAAGACUUGAAGAUUUACGAGAAAUACUGUCAAAACAAACCUCGGUCUGAAGCUCUUUGGAGGCAGUAUGGUGACCGCACUUUCUUCCAGGAAUGCCAAAAAAAGCUGGACCACAAACUCUCGCUGGAUGCUUACUUAUUGAAGCCUGUGCAAAGAAUCACCAAGUACCAGCUGAUGUUGAGGGAGAUGCUCAAGUGCAGUGAGAGCUCAGUUGGCAAGGUGGAGCUGGAGGAUGCCCUGGCGACAGUUCUGGACAUCAUAAAGUCAGUCAACGAUUCAAUGCAUCAGAUUUCCAUCACAGGGUUUCAGAGCGACCUGAGUGAUCUGGGCAGGCUGCUGAUGCAGGGCUCCUUCAGUGUGUGGACUGACCACAAGAAGGGCCACAGCAAGGUGAAGGACCUGGCCCGCUUCAAGCCCAUGCAGAGGCACCUCUUCCUCUACAGCAAGCUGCUCCUCUUCUGCAAGCGCCGAGAGGAGCCCUCGGAUGGACUAGAGAAGUCGCCCUCCUACAGCUUCAAGCACUCUCUGAACAUGAGCGUGGUUGGAAUCACGGAAAACGUGAAGGGGGAUGCAAAAAAGUUUGAAGUGUGGUACAAUGGAAGAGAGGAAGUCUACAUUAUCCAGGCACCCUCCAUGGAGGUGAAGAACAUGUGGGUGACAGAGAUCCGGAAAGUUCUGACUGGACAGCUGGAGGCCUGCAGAGAAGCAAGACAGCUGCACCAAAGAAUUGGCGACAUUGUUUACCACACUUCUAUCAAUACGUCCAAUGCAAAAAAUGUGGGAAGAGCGUCCCUGAAGCAGGCAGACUCACCCAUUUGCAAGGAGGGAACCACAAGGGGGAGCCCCAGCCCAGCCCGGAAUCAGAGGAGAGGGUGGGGCCGUAGUCCCGGUGACACCGAGGACUCAGUCACCUUUCCGUCAAGCGCAGAUGAGCUCUCCAACUCCUCUGACGCUGAAGAUGAGAUGAGCAACAGAAGCGAGGAGCGUGGUCGGUUUGUGGUUCAGCUGAAGCACGAGGCGAAAACGCUGCAGGAUCUUCCUCUGGAGCCAGGGCCAUUGGUGAAGGUCUUGGGGGAGAUGGAGAACGGGCAGUGAUAUCUUCAGCAAUGUGUGCACUGCUGCAUUAACGGACAUAGAGAAGACCGAGAACAACAUUUGGGGCUGGAGAAGCUGACCUUCUGAACCGAAGAUAUUCCCGUCAUCCUUAAGGAUUUUUUUUCCAGUGACAAGCCGCUGGGGAGAUUCAAGCUCCCAUUGUAAUCUUACCAUUUACCAGAGAGUGACCGACAAGUAUGACAUGUUAUUUGGCUGAUGCUUUCAUCCAAAGUGUCAAGUACCUGCUGCGAGUAUGUGGCACUGCUGUACCUACCUACUGUCCUUGCUAAGUCUCAACCAUGCAUGUGGGAACCCACUUAAUCUUUCUCAACAACUCUUAGAUACUACAAGUCCCAUCAGUCACAGGAGUUCAUUACCUAUGACCCAACCUAAAGAACUAUUACACAAAAAAACAUUAUUUCCUACAUAGCCAUUGCAACCGCUGGAGAUAGUUAAUUGUGAAAUGGAACAAUUAUGGAAUACAGGUGGCAAAGUGGAUUGGACUUUUUUUUGUGUAUUUUUAAAAUAGUUUUAUCUUGAGAAAUCUGCCCGACUGGAAUGACGGUGGUAGACCGUGGUAGUAGGUGGACCGAAAGUGACAAAACCAAAAAAUAAAUGCUCACAAGCCACUGUACAACUUGUAACCCUUUUUAAAACAAACUUUUGUUCUUUCUGAAUAAAAAGACUAUGGCUCACAGUCAUACUGUGAUUAAUCGACUCGUGAUUAUGCAGGUUGUUAUCGAGGGCAGUGUUUACAUUAUUUUAAAUAGAUUAGAAUUAAGGGUAACGUCGAAGUAGCCUUGGUCCAGAACAACAAUGAUUUGUGUUACCUGCCACCAAAAGUUUUCAGCAUAGCUGGUUUUAUGGUAUUUUUUAUUUCAGUGAAAUGAAAGUGAUUCAUAUCAUUUACCACUGUGGAAUACAAAGCACAGAACAAAUUUGAAGAUAAAUUAAACUGACUUUCCCCUCCAAGACUGCGUAAAAUUGUUUAAAAAAAAAAAAAGAAAAAUGUAAAUGAGACAUGUUAUGCCUCUGGGGUUUAUUACUUCUUUUUUUUACUAAAAGUAUGAAAUGUUUUUUCUCCUCUAUGCUGAUAAAAAUAAAAAAUACAACUAUUUACAAUGCAUAACCCAUGUUGUCAUUUAGAAAGACUUAAAAAUUGAAUCCUCAACUAUUUAUGCAUUUACUGUAUAUGCAUGUGAGGAUAAUGUCAUUGAAGAACAUUUUGUUUUUUCUGUACAUUGUUAAAUAUAUCGAGAAAUUCCCUCUGUAAUAAAAUGCAGUAUUUGUGUGGUAAU